CCCCAAAACGGUACCAUUGGUCCAAUCCUAGCUGGAGGUCUGUGGAUUCCAUGGCAGAACAAACUAAUUUAUUAUCAGAACAUGUAAGGACAGAUGCCGCUUGCGCAUGCGCACGCACAUGCCAAUCAUCCAUAUAUUUUUGUGUCAUGCGUUGUCGCCUCCUCACCUGAGCUGGUCACCUUAGAAUACCCUCACAGCUCUUACCAAAGCAGCUCUUACUUCAGUUGCUGGGUAGAUCCGUUCCGUUUAAACAUUCAGUGGGAGCGCCACGUCGGCAGAAAUGUACAAGCCACGUGGCAAAGCGAACAAGGCGAAGCAUCUCCACCACUCCGACGGCGCGAGGGGAUGGCCGCCGGAAGAGCCCGCGGCGUCCGCCGCCGGUCACUCCAGCGGAGAUUGGAGCGGAACUGCGGAGGCCAUGCGCGGAGACGCGCGCGUGGCGGAAGCUGUAGGCGGAAUGGCGGUGGGCGGAAUGGCCGCGGGCGGAAUGCCGGUGAGCAGCCCGGACGUUGUGGGGAAGAGCUGCUUCAACUGGCGCGGCGUGUUCCACAAGGACCACGGCGCGCGCGUGCUUAAACUGGAAGGCGGCGGUGUGGCGGAGGUGCUUGUAGUGGAUGCUGGGUGUAGAGACGACGAGGUGAGAAUGCAUCAUGAGUAUUCUGGGGCGGGUUUUAGCGGCGGGCAAGCGGACACAGCGAUGGCAGGUGCGUUUGAAGACGAGGAGGCGCGAGAGGGAUGCACUAAUGGCAGCGAUAGGGUUGGUGCGAGAGGUGAAAGCAUGGCGGGGGUGGGGAGCGAGCAGGAGAGGGCGGUCGCAGCGGAGCGAGGUGGUGUCAUUGGCGCUGCUGCUGCUGCUGCUGCUCCUGCUGGGCCACAUGGUGCGGAUUCCACGUCAGCACUACUGGCCGUUUCAACUGGAGGAACGCAUGACCUCUCUGUGCGUACAGAUGACACGGUUUCAUCUGCCGCGGCGACUGUUGGCAGCGUUUCAUCUGCCCGACUGAGCAUAGACGGCGUUUUAUCCAGGCGUGUGGCCGGGGCGGACGGAGCAGGCACGGUGGAAGCAGUAUUGGAGUCAAGCGGUGGUGGGCGGCGGGGGGAGGAAGGGAGCACUGUGAAUGGCACCAGUGGGUCUCCUGCCCUCCUCACCACCGCAUGUCACCUUCUCCAUGUGACCUCCGGACCAACUCUAACUACGCUCCACACGCCUCCUCCCUCCCUCACACCUUCCUCCCUCACUCGCCCUCCCAACGCUCCCUCACUCCCUACGCACCCAGAAACAACCACUUCCUCUUCCUCCUCUCCCCCCGGCCGCUCCUCCUCCCCACUCCCUUCCCCCGCAGCUGCACUCUCUGCUGCCUCUGCCCCCCAUACCUCGCCCUUGGACCCCCCUCCUACCAUCUCCCCGUCCCUCCCCAACCCUUCCGCCCCCCAACCAUCCGCCCCUGAUGCGUCCGCCCCCUCCGCCCCCCCACCUCGCCCCCACACCGCCGCAGCAUCCUCCCUCCCCCGCCCGUCCCCUGCCCUUCCCCCCACCCCCGCCAGCCGCGGCAGCAGCAGGGGGGCGCGGGGGGGCGUUAGCAGGGAGGGGCGUUCGGGGACGGGGGGAGGGGGCAGCAGGGGGGGGUCGAGUGGGGGCUUCCAUGCACGCAAGCUCUCCACGGACGACAGCUUCCUGGGGCUCUCGUCCCUCAGCCCCUUGGACGCCUCCGCUUGCACCGCCAGGACUCCCCGCCUCUCGCCCUGCCUGCCCGCUGCUGCUGCUGCUCUUGGCGGCAGCAGUAGUGCAGCAGGCGGUGGUGGUGCUGCUGCUCCUGCUGCUGCCCCUUUGGACAGCACGGCCAGUAUCACAGGCCCACUUGCUCCAGCGUCACACCCCCUGCUGCCGCCAGUCACCACACCCACAACCACCCACCUCCCUCCUCCCUACCCCACCACCCCCCUCACUCUCGCGUCCCCAUCAGGCCUCCUCGGCCACUCAGACACUGCCACGUCACCCAGCAUCAUCCACAAGUCACCCUCCACCCCGUCCGUAUCCACAGACGAUGAGCUGGCGCCGCUGCCCGGCCUUGGGAUUGCCGGCGCAGGGCUGCGCAGGAACGAGAGUGUGGGCAGCAGCAGCGGCUCUGUUAUGACGGUGCCGGACGACCUUGCGGGCCUGCAGCGCCCGGGCACUCUCAAGACGUGGAAGUCCGUGCACUCGCACUCGCACCGCUCCAAGCUCGCCAGAGGGCUGCUCUUUGGCGGUGCAGCAGGAGAGGGGUGGGAGGAGGGAGUGCUGAGCCCACGGGGGUCGGCGUUCAUGGCAGCUGCCAGGCGGAGAGGGCUGUGGCGCCGCACCGUCACACCCAAGGAGUCUGUGAAGCGCCUGCUCAUGUGGCCCCAGGCGGGUUCCCAGGUGUCCCGCUGUGCCCCAGGUGAUUCCUCUGCUGAAAACUCCUGGUCACCCGUGGACCCUGCAUCCUUUGACGUGCGCGGAGAAACUUUCUUAUCUGACCGGCGCAAGGUGCCCGCCAGCCCGCCGGCCAUCUACGAGCCAUGGGGCGUGGAUGUGUUUCACACACCGCUCAAGAUCCGCCACGUGGCAGAGCAUGUGGAGCUGCCUGCGAGCCUCUUUGAGGGGGGCGGUGGGGGAGAAAGUGGGGAGGUGCGGGGGGAGGAGAUGGAGGGGGGAGAAGGGGGGCAGGGAGAGGGGGAUGGGUGCAUGGAUGGGGUGUGUGAGGAGGUGUAUGGGGUGGGAGAGGUGGGAGAAGAGGGAGUGCUGCCUGGAGUGCUGGUGGUGAACCUGCAGGUACCGCUCUACACCGUUCUGCCGCUGCUGCAGCAGGAGCAGGACGGGGAGGGCAUCAGCCUGGUGCUCUAUUUCAAGCUCAGUGCGGCCUUUUCUCAGGGCCUUCCUCCCUGCCUCGCUCCCAUGCUGGAGCCUCUGUGCCAGCCACCAGCUGAACCUCUCUCUCCUCUCUCCUACCCUCAAGCCGAGCACAGAGGCACAGGAACCAGUGGGCCGCCGGACACAGACACUGCAAGGGGCAGUGCACGAGAGAGCAGUGCAGCUGUAGCGGCUGUAGCAGGGUCUGGCAUGAGCUACAGUGCCGCAGAUGCAGACCACUCUCGCACUGCCAGCAAGGGGAGUGGCGCGGGUAGUGGCAGCAGCACGGGUGCCGGUGCGAGGGGGAGGGCGGCCGGGGCGAGUGAGUCGGGGCGCAAGGAGUCGCCGAACGCGUUCAAGUGGGAUCGGCCGAAGCUGCUGGCUCGAGUGGUGAACGAGGCGGGCAUGGGGCUGGGGUCCAGCUCCAAGAAGGCGGUGCAGAGCUGGAGCGGGCAACCCAUCCUCACCCGCUCGCACCACUCCCUCAUUCGAGGCGAGAGCAAGCCGUAUGUGGAGAUGGACAUAGACGUGCACCGGUUCCCCAAUCAGGUCAAGAGGGGCCUCCUCCCUCUUCGGCGCCAUCUGUCCUCCUGUGUCUUCGACAUUGCCAUCAUCCUUCAGGGUGUGAGCCCAGAGGAGUUCCCCGAGCCGAUCCUUGCGUGCGUCCGUCUGCAUCGACUUGAUUUGUCCCAGUUUGGAUCAUUAGGGUCAGGGUUGUGAUCUAUGUGAAGUUAUUUUGCACCAGACUGUAGCUAGUGUUUUUUUCCUCGUAAAAUAUUUUCCAUGUCCUUGUCAUUUUAAUUCAUCAUUUUU